AUGUCUGUCGAAAUCAUUGGCAAAGCAGACUUCGAAGUCGGUCCAAACACCUAUCAGACUCGGUAUAAAGUUGUCGGUGACCUCAAGUCGGUAUUCUCGGACAUCUUUAGGGAGCGCAAUAUCUUCAAGAGCUAUGACCGUAGUAAAGGAAUGCUGGCAGGACAAUAUGCGGCAUCACGUUCACCUAAGGGUCUCCGACAUUUGAUCGUCGUCUGCGCCAUAACUUCCGUAGAGGGUGGGAAAAUUCCCUUCGUCGAGAAAUCGCCUUCAGCCCGUCUUCGUGCCUUGUCGCAGCCCGUCGUGCCAGGUCUGGAAAUACCAGACGCCGAUCAUUUCUUUUUGGAUGCCACCAGCGUAACGGAGGAUGUCGUGACGUCUUGGAAAUGCAUGGUGGAGAAUGAACACAUCUGGAAAACAAGGUUCGGUGGAAAAUUUGAUACCCGUCCGAUACUUGAAAUAACGGGGAACCUCCACAACUGGUCUAUCGUGGACAUUUUUCCCGGCAUCUCAUGUCUGAUGCUUUGUAUCUCUGGAAUCAACGAGGAUAGAUUCAAGGCAUGGAUGACCGUUCCAGACAUAAAGUGGGUGAAAAUUGAGAAUAGUCUCAAUUUCCCCAUGAAUGAAGGGCACGAACAGUACCUGCGCACAGUGGCAGAUUUCUUGGAGGCUUCAUGAAGAAGCAUUGUGCCCGGUUCUUUGAGCCCUUUAUGUUCUCGAAGGCUACUAGUCACGUAAAUAAAGAACUUGAAUUUUUCUAUGUGACAUCAGUGCUAUCUGACCCUUCCAGCCUCAAACGUGCCAUUUGACCCUUAAUGACUAUUUCAGCAAGUGUGAAUCAAGACACUC